AUGAAGGACCACAGUGUGAAGGUGGCGAGUCACUACAACCGUCUACAGGAAGUGGGUCUGGCUGUUCGCAGCCGCAGCAGAAUCUUCUUCAUGAGGAACUUCAACAACUGGCUGAAGAGCGUCCUGAUCGGUGAGAUCCUGGAGCAGGUGCGAGGGGCUGGGCAUCAGCAGGUGUCUGUGCUGGACCUCGGCUGUGGGAAGGGAGGAGACCUGCUGAAGUGGAGGAGAGGUGGAAUCAACCACCUGGUCUGUGCAGAUAUCGCAGGAGUGUCGGUGGAACAAUGUAAGAGUCGUUAUGAGGAGAUGAAGAGGCGGAGUCACGCUCACGAGAAAAUCUUCAAAGCUCAGUUCAUCACCGCCGACUGCUCCAAGGAGCUGCUGGCGGAGAAGCUCGACGACCCCGAGCUGCAGUUCGACGUCUGCUCGUGUCAGUUCGUGUUUCACUACUCGUUCGAGAGCGAAGUCAAAGCCGACACGAUGCUGAGAAACGCCUGCGAGCGUCUGAAGCCCGGAGGGUUCUUCAUCGGGACGACGCCCGACGCCUUCGAGCUCGUUAAACGUUUGGAGGCGUCCGACUCUCUGUCAUUUGGUAACGAGGUCUUUAAGGUCUUGUUCCAGUCCAAAGGUUCGUAUCCUCUGUUCGGAUGUCAGUAUCACUUCAGUCUGGAGGACGUGGUCGACGUCCCGGAGUUCCUCGUCUACUUUCCUCUUCUGGAACAUUUGGCCAAACGCUACAACAUGCGACUGGUGAUGAAGCAGCGAUUCUGUGAGUUCUCUGAGGAGAAGCUGAAGAAGGAGACUCACCGCAGCCUCAUGCUGAAGAUGACGGCUCUGGAGCCGUUCCCCUGUGAGGACGGCGGCCGACAGGACGAGUUCAGUCACGCCGAAGAGCACUGCAGCAGAGCCGGAGUCAAACUACCGGUGGGAACUCUGAGCAGAUCUGAGUGGGAAGCAACAAGCAUCUACCUGGUGUUUGUCUUCCAGAAGAUGUCCUGA